AUGGCAUCAAAAAUGACUCGAUAUCAAAGACACCGUAUGGCUGAAAAUUAUUUGGUCAUAUGGGUCGAUGGAAAUAUCGACAUGGCAAAUCAAGAUUGCCAAAAUACAAUGGAACAAUUACGUGCUGUCGUCAAUCAAGUUAAUCCAUGUAAGACAGCUGAACAAUGUGUACAAAUGCUUAUGGAAAAUCAAGAGGAGAUCUCAUUUGUUAUCUCCUCAGGUGCACUUGGACAACACCUGGUACCAGACAUUCAUGAUAUGGCAAAAUUAAAUGCCAUUUUCAUAUUUUGUGGCAAUAAACAACGGCAUCAAGUAUGGGCGCAAAAUUGGCCGAAAAUUAAAGGUGUUCACACCUCAAUCAAAGAUAUUUGUGACAAAUUGGCAACAGCAAUCAAACAAUACAAUCAAGAUCACAUGUCGGAAAUACUACUUGAAAUCGAACAUGAACAACAAGCUGGCCAAGAUUUGGUCACCUACUGCCAAGAACAAUAUCAAGGCAAUAAGAAUGAAAUCAAAAUUAUCAAAGAAUUUCAACGUACAUAUCAAGCAUCCAACGCCAUUUGGUGAUUUCAUUGUGGUAAUGAACCAUAUUUUCCAAUAAUUUCUUUUGAACAUUGGCAAUAA